UGUGGAAAAAGAAGGCCGCUAUGUAUCCCAACCAACUUGUAAUUCCUUACUUUCUAUAUUCCGACGAUAUAGAAUUAAACAAUCCUUUGGGUGCACAUUCCACAACUCAUACCGUAACAAACUUUUACUUCUCUUUUCCUGUUUUACCAAAUGAAGAUACCAAAUUGGACCAUAUAUUUUUAGCGGCAUCAAUUAAAAGUAGUGACUUGCAAGUACAUGGAAUCGACAAGUGUUUGUUACCACUUGUUAACCAGUUAAUAGAUCUAGAAGUGGCAGGCAUUGAAAUCGAUUUAAACAACGGUAAAGUGUAUAAUCCUCACUUUUUGCCUUGUUUAAUUAUUGGUGAUAAUUUAGGUCUUAACACCAUAUUAGGCUACAGAAAAUCAUUUAGUGGUACAUUUUGCCGAUUAUGCAGAAUUGACAAAAAUAUGAGUAACGUAACAACGUCCGCUAUUCCAAGUCUUAAGAGGACAUAUGCAAAUUAUAGGCUUGACGUAAAUACCGGGGAUCCAUCUAAGACUGGCAUCGUAAGCGAAUGUGUAUUUAACAAAAUUCCGUCUUUCCAUGUUGUUGACAACUUGAGCGUAGAUGCAAUGCACGACGUUUUCGAAGGAAUUUGUCAUUAUGAUUUGUCUUUUGCCAUACUUUAUUUCACAAAUACCAAGAAAUAUUUCUCUUUGAAAACCCUUAAUGCUCGAAAACAAAAGUUCGAUUACGGGGAACUUGAAAUAGGAAAUAUUUCGCCCAAAAUUACUAUAACUCAUCUCAAAAAUCGCCAUUUAAAAAUGUCAGCAAAGGAAAUGAUGACGUUUUUAUUAUAUUUUCCAUUAAUUGUUGGUGAUAUGAUUCCAGACGAUGAUGAGGUGUGGAUAUUUAUUUUAACACUUAUACAAAUUGUAGAAAAAAUUCUCAAAUUUUCGGUUACGGAGUUUUCUAUAAGUUCUUUAGAAAAUCUAAUUGAAAAACAUAAUAAAGAUUUCAUUAGGCUUUUUAAAACUAAUUUGAAACCAAAAUAUCAUUUGUUAGUUCACUAUCCGGAAAUAAUAAGAAAAUGCGGACCUGUGCGGAAGUUCUGGAGUUUCCAAUUUGAGUCUAAACACCGCAGUUUUAAGUUGUACACACAUGCUAUAACUUCACGAAAAAACAUAUGUUUUUCAUUAGAGAAAAAAUAUCAGUUCACUUUUUCAAACUUUUUGCUAAACUCGUCUACAAGCAAUAAUCUUGUUGUUUUACAAAAAGAUUUAACCGUGUGUGAAUUAAAUGAUGAUAUAUGUGCUCAACUUAAAAUACCUAAAAGACAGUUAUAUUUUUAUAAUAAGGUUAUAUUACAAAACAUUGUAUACAAAAAGGAUCUUUUCGUUGCUGAAUGCGAAAUUGACUAUAAUAUUUAUAGAAUUAUAAAUGUAUUUUGUUUGGAUAACCAUAUUUAUAUAUUUGGUGAACGAUUUAAAGACGUUGUUUAUUGUAGCCAUUAUAGAGCUUUUGAGAUACACGUCAACAAAGUAGAGGGAGCCUUUGCGGUCAAUAUCAAAAAUCUUAUUGGACAUCCAACAACAGCCAUAAAAACCCAUACAGGAAAAUAUAUGAUAAGAAUAAAAGAGUUAUAUUAAUAUAUAUAAAAAUGGCAGCUAUUGAACAUCAAUUAGAAAUUCUACUCAAAAAAUGGAACUUACUACAUUUACUUUCCAACUUAAAAGAUGAAAAUAUAACGAUUGAUGUCUUACAAAUAAUUAACAGAAAACAUUUAGAGGAACUCACACGAAGAUUUAAAUUAGGAGACAAAAUAGUUUUUGAGUUUAAUAUUAAUAAAUGGAGAGAAGAAAUCGGAAAACCUAUUGAAAACGAAUAUUACUCAGACGUGGCCAAUAUUUCGUCUAUCUCACGGAAAUCUAGCUGUUCUUCUAUUACUUUAUCUCAAGAACCUCUGAAAGAACGCUUUGACUCCAAUACCUGUGUAAAACUGACGACAAUUUUGAACCAAAAUAAAAUUGGCAAAAGAAUU